UCAGCAGAUCAUCAUCUCCAUCUGUGAGAUGAGUGGGGGUCUGAAUGAAUAUCCCAACAACUUGGAGCCGAUACCGUGGCUGGAGUACACGGAGGGUCGCCCAGACUACACUUUACGUCCUUCUCCAAGACUUUUCGCCUCUCACCUCAGCACGGUUCUCAUGCCUCCAGGGCUGAAGGACAAGAAGGCAAAGAUCAUCUAUGUGAUGCGUAAGCCUAAGGACAACGCUGUCUCUUAUUACCACUUCAGCAAAACCUUUUCAGGCCUGGAGCUUCCGAAGAGCUUUGAGGCCUUUUUGGAGCAGUACCUGAGUGGCAAUGUUGCAGGAUCUUCAUGGUUCUAUCACGUCAAGGACUGGCAUUCAAAGAAAGACCAGUACAACAUCCUCUUCCUGACAUAUGAGGACAUGAUCUUGGACCUGAAGGCAGCUGUAACCAAGAUCUGCGGCUUCUUGGGGAAGAACCUCAGUGAAGAAGCCAUUGAGCAAGUCGUAGAAAAAUGCACCUUCAAGACAAUGAAGAAAGAUCCAAAAGCCAACUACAAGUUUCUGCCACAAGUGAAGAUGAGUGGCGAUUUCAUGCGUCAAGGUCAGAUCGGUGACUGGAAGAACAUGCUCUCUGCUGCUCAGAGUGAGAGGGUUGAUCAAAUACUGCAGCAGAAACUUGGUGACCAAUCACUGAAGCUCAUCUGGGAAUAG